UGCCCACUGCUCAGGACAUGUCCGGCCUGGGGGGCUUCGCCUGGGCCCGGCUCGGGGCCUUCUUCCAGGAGCGGCCCCGCCUCUGGAACCCCUACCACCAGGACCCCCUGCUAAGGGGGCACCUCUGCGCCCACCUGCCCACCCAGGUGUUCGCCGCCGUGCAAGAGGACCUGCAGCGCUUCGGGGAGCGGGUGGCCGAGGAGAUAGACGCCCUGGGCCGCGAGUGCGAGCUGAGCCCGCCCUCGCUGCAACAGUUAGAUGCCUGGGGCCGGCGUGUGGACUGCAUCGUCACCAGUCCCGCCUGGAAGAGGAUGAAGGAUGUGGCCGCCCAGGAGGGCCUUGUGGCUGAGGCCUUCGAGAGGCGGUACUCCAACUGGAGCCGUGUCUACCAGAUGGCCAAGCUGUACCUGUUCGCACCCUCCUCGGGCCUUUUCACCUGCCCCCUCGCCAUGACCGACGGAGCCGCUAAAGUCCUGGAGACGGUGCAGUGCUCGGGCCCACCUGGGGACGCCCUGUCUCACCUGACUUCCCGGGACCCUCAGAGCUUCUGGACUUCAGGCCAGUGGAUGACGGAACGCAAGGGCGGCUCGGACGUGGCCCUGGGCACGGAGACGCUGGCCCGGGCACAGGCCGAUGGCACCUACCGGCUCUACGGGCACAAGUGGUUCACGUCCGCCACUGACGCCGACGUGACCCUGACCCUGGCCAGGGUGGUGGAUGCCCAGAACUGCGUCACGGAGGGCACCCGAGGGCUGACCCUCUUCUUCCUGAAGCUGCGAGACGAGCAGGGGCAGCUGAAUGGCAUUGAGGUGCAGCGGCUCAAGGACAAGCUGGGCACCCGGCAGAUGCCCACGGCGGAGCUGCUGCUGGACGGAGCCAAAGCCUACCGGGUCUCCGCGGAGGGCCGGGGCGUGGCCACCAUCGCCAAGAUGCUGGUCAUCACCAGGAUCCACAACGUGAUCAGCGCCGUGGCCUCCAUGAGAAGGAUUGUCCACCUGGCCCAGGAUUACGCCAGCAAGCGGUUUGUGUUCGGGAAGCUCAUCAGAGACCACCCACUACACACCCAGACCCUGGCCCGCAUGGAGGUGGAAACCCGGGGCGGGUUUCUUCUGGCCAUGGAGCUGGCCAGACUUCUGGGCCUGGAGGAGACCCACCAGGCCACCCCAUCCGAGGAACAUCUGCUGCGCCUGCUGUCCUCCGUGGCCAAGCUGUACACGGGCAAGCAGGCCGUGGCCGUGCUGUCCGAGGGGCUGGAGUGCUUCGGAGGACAGGGCUACAUGGAAGACACGGGCCUGGCGUGCAUGCUGCGUGACGCUCAGGUGCUGACCAUCUGGGAAGGAACCACCAACAUCCUGGCUCUGGACGUCCUGCGGGCCCAGGUCAAGAGCGAGGGCCAGGUGCUCCAGGCCUUCACCUCGUCCGUCCAGGAGAAGCUGGACUCCGUCCGGGAGCUCCCGGCCCUUGCGGCCUCUGGCCAGCGCCUGCAGGACGCCCUCCGGCAGCUGCACCGGUUCCAGGAGGAGGUCACGGCUCUCGGGGGCACCGCCUUGGAAGUGGUGGCCCGGGAUUGGGCCUACUCUCUGGCUCGCAUCUACAUAGGGGCACUGCUCGUGGAUCACGCCGCCUUGUCGGGUGCCUCCCCUACGGACGUCUACGCGGCACAGAGGUGGUGCGAACGGGAUCUCUGCCCCACCACUGCCGGCGCCCUGGCGGGCUGUUACAGCCAAGAGGCCAUUUCCAUGGACACCGCCCUGGUCUACGAGGGAAGCCCCCUCCUCGACGGGAAGCUGUGAGACCCCCCGAAACUCGCCUGGCGCCCGCUUCCGACCAAGGGCCCGGACCAACGGCAGUUGCGGCCUCCGAGGGAAUUUUAAAUGGAAAUGAGGGUGUUUGAAGUAGCUUUUUAGCAAGAAAAGGACCUCGCCAUAAAGGUCAGUACCCCCAGCCAAGUGCCUCGGGGGCGUGACUCGACGUCCCCGAUUUGGCUGCCGGGUCAUCACCUAGCCGACUUGAACAGAGACAUCAAGGCCAGUCGAGAGGCCGAGCCGAAUCUCAUCAGGGGAACCAAAGAAUGAGGUGAGCGCGGGGCGUGCGUGAAGCUUGCUGGAAAAAUCAGCUGUUAGUCCGGGACCCCGGGCCCCAAAACCAAUUAAAAAGCGAGAAGCCGA